AGAUGGUGAAACGAGACUACGACGGUUAGGGAGGCGGAUCCCGGAACCAACAGACGCUGGAGUAGGCUGGCAUGGCUAAGAUGUGGGAAUUUGACGCCUUCAUUGACGAAGGAGACGAAGACUUCGCUUCGUACGUGGAAAGAUUUGGGCACUAUUGCAAGGUAGCCAACGUGCAAGACGAAGAACUUAAGAAGUCAGCCUUCAUCACUGCCAUAGGGAAGAAAGUGUACAAGACGCUCAAAGAUUUGCUUCUACCGUCAAAGCCGGAAGAGAAGUCAUUCAAAGAUUUGGUGAAGGUACUGAGCGAACACUACGGGCCUACAAGCCAAGUCAUUGCGGAGCGCUUCAAAUUUAACCGGCGCUACCAAGGGGAAGGGGAGUCCGUCGCAGUUUUUGCAGUCGCGCUGAAGCACAUGGCUGCGAAAUGCGAGUUCGGCCAGUUUCUCGACGACGCGUUGCGGGACCGGUUCGUCGCGGGACUGCGGAACCCAGCCAUCCAGACAGGAUUGCUCAAGAAAAAUGAGCUGACGUUCGAGACUGCGUGUGAGUUCGCCAAGAGCGUCGAAUUGGCCGAGCGAGAGUCUAGGGGCUUCCGACCAGUUGCUGGAACAGACGCCGAAGUCCAUGCGAUCAAAAAGACAAGCAGGAAGCCUGUUUCGGGGAGUGAAACGAGAACAGCCAAGAACAAAUGUUAUCGGUGCGGCGAAGAACAUGACGCAAGUUCGUGUCGCUAUCGAAAGACAAGAUGUUAUCACUGCAAGCGCACGGGGCAUCUGUCUUGCGUGUGCAGAUCUAGGCAGACAACGGCCGACGCGGUUCAUAACGUGGACGACGAACAGCCUGAUAGCGAGCUGUUGUUAUACAGCGUGUAUCACGUCGGGACAACGAAGCGACCGUAUGAAGUGGAAGUGCGGCUUGAAGGUAUGACUGUGAAAAUGCAAGUUGAUACAGGCGCAGCUGUUUCGCUCCUGUCAGAAAGCCUGUUCAAGCUGCUAAAACAACCGCCGUCGCUUGCGCAGUGCGCACUGAAGCUCAAAACGUACGGCGGAACGCCGCUUGAAGUCAUAGGCCAGGGCCAAGUCGCUGUGGAAUAUAACGGACAACGGAAGGUUCUGCAAAUCAUCGUGGUACCCGGAGACAAGCCAGCGUUGCUUGGGCGCGACUGGAUUGAGAGCCUCGGGGUUGACUUGAACAGCAUUCACGAGGUCCACACCGAGCUAGCUCCGGACAGCCUCGUUAGAAGGUAUGCAAGCGUUUUUUCACCGGGGUUAGGCCUGAUAAAAGGCUUUCAAGCAAAGCUUGUGCUUAAGGAAGGCAGCUUACCGGUAUUUUGCAAGGCACGACCUGUACCGUAUGCCAUUCGUGAGCCAGUUAGAGAAGAACUAAAGGACCUGCUAGCGGACGGCGUCCUUGUGGCAGUCACGCGAAGCGACUGGGCCACACCGAUAGUAGCCGUACAGAAGCCAGGCAACAAAGUGCGACUUUGCGGAGAUUAUAAAGUGACUGUAAACCCCUGCAUCAAGAGUGAUCAUUACCCCUUGCCCACGGUCGAGGACUUGUUCACUGUUUUGGCUGGCGGGAAGGUGUUUACCGUUCUUGACCUUUCCGCAGCGUAUCAGCAAAUUGAGUUGCACCCGGACUCACGUCCCUUGUUGACCAUUAAUACUCACAUGGGAUUGUACCAGUAUGUCCGAAUGCCAUACGGAAUUUCGAGCGCACCUGCAGUGUUCCAAGCCAUUAUGGACGAGCUUCUGAAGGGACUACCUGGGGUGGUCUGCUACCUCGACGAUGUUCUCAUCAUGGGAGGGACCUACGCCGAAUGCCGGGUCCGAGUGGAGGCAGUUCUGCAGCGGUUCAUGGAACACGGCGUAAAAUGCAAGCAGCACCGUUAUCAGCAGACAAGAUACGGGAAGAAACGCAAAGGGAUGCGGUCUUGUCAAAGAACGAACGCUGUGCAGCAUACGAGGACACCGCCGUACCACCCAGCCUCAAAUGGAGCAGCGGAAAGACUUGUCCAGACAGUCAAACGAAGUCUCCUACGCCAAAUUCGGGAUGAGGAGAGCACAGGAGUGACUCGGACGAUUCGACAUCGACUGGAUCAGUUUCUCUUCGCAUACCGUAACACACCGUGUCCAAUAACUGAACGAUCCGGAUUCCAGAGGAGACCAGUACACAGCAACCGCCUGACCCGGCUUUGGCAGUCCAGCCUCAAGUAGAAGACGAAACAGGGACCCCAUUGGCAACGCCUGUGUCUACUGAAGAUGAAGUCGCCACGGAAAACAACGCUCCGGUACCGCAAC